AUGCCGUCUCUUGAAGCAGUCGCCGCGGGGCUCUCAGACUGGUUCCCCAAAUACCGGACAUCUGCUCUCAAGUCACGGAUCAUCAAGCUCACCCCCGACUUUGUUAAGUACAUUGGCGAAGACGGCAUCAUCCUCGCCGACGACGAUGAGACGCAGCAAGACGACAGGCCAGACGAAGAAGAAUGGGCUUCUAGCGGUGCUUCCACCCGCCAAGCACCAGAAUCCGACUCCGAUUCCGACGACGAUGAGCCAGAGGCCGACACGCGCCCACCAAACGAACGCUUCCCCGAGAUCCACCAAGAGAUCAAGGACAAGAUCCGCGAACUCGGCGGCGCCGUCGUGCCCAAGCUGAACUGGUCAUCUCCCAAAGACGCCGCCUGGAUCUCACCACACCAAAACACCCUCAAGUCCACGUCGCCCAAUGACAUUUACCUCCUCCUCAAGAGCUCGAGCUUCGUCAGCCACGACCUCGAGCACGCCUUUGACGACACGGUCGACACAUCCCCCUCGACCUCGUCCCAGUCGCGCCCCUUCCAGCCCGUCCUCGUGCUGCGCCCCUUCUUCAGCCCGCACCCGGCCCUCGAGUUCCGCUGCUUCGUCAAGCACCGCAUCCUCAUCGGCCUCUGCUCGCGCGACCAGAACCACUACCCCUUUCUCGAGGCGCUGCGGCCCGCCCUCGUCAGCAAGGUGCGCAGCUUCUUCGAAGACAAGCUCCAGCUCACCUUCCCCGACGGCUGCUUCGUCUUUGACGUCUACGUGCCCGAGGACAGCGACGCGCGCGACGGCCUCGGCCGCGUGCGCCUCAUCGACGUCAACCCCUGGGCCGCCCGCACCGACAGCCUGCUGUUCGACUGGGCCGAACUGCUGGCGUUUGACGUGCCGCGGCCCAUUCUCGGCUCCGUCGUCAGCCCGCACGAGUUUCGCGAGGACGUGGGCGCCGGCGCCGGCGCCGACGAGGACGACGCCACGACCGAGGACGAGGACGAGGCUGACGAGCUCGUGCCGGAGCUGCGGCUCAUGGAGCGGGAUAACCCGUCGUCGGCCAACUUUAGCUCGGCGCAGUACUCGGCGCACAAGCUGCCGAAGGAGGUUGUCGACGCGAGCACGGCCGGCGAGGGGGGUCUGCGGGAGUUUAUGCAGCGGUGGAGGGACAUGACGGCGACGGAAGGCGGGGGCGACGUGUGGGAGUCUCCACAGCGGUAG